GAAAAAAAGAAACUGAAAGACGAAGAAGACUUGAAAAGAGAUUCUAAGAUAGGAGGAUAAAAGGCUAAUGUCAUUUAUAUUCAUCGGGGGAAGCGAUCUACAGGGAGAGUUUCGACUUUAGAUGGCGAUAUUGUACGCAUUGGUCGCGCGUGGAUCGGUGGUGCUGGCGGAGUUCACGGCGGCUUCCACUAACGCCAGCACUGUUGCCAGGCAAAUUCUAGACAAUAUACCGGGAGACAGUGACAUUAACGUUUCGUAUUCACAAGAUCGAUACAUCUUCCACGUGAAACGCACAGAUGGACUCACCGUUCUUUGUAUGGCUGAUGAGAGUGCCGGAAGGCGAAUUCCUUUUUCAUUUCUUGAAGACGUUCAUCAGAGAUUUGUUAAAACUUACAUCCGAUAGGUAUUUUUGGCCCGGCCGUAUGGCAUGAAUGAUGAAUUUUCGAGGGUUUUGAGCCAGCAACUGGAAUAUUACUCCAGCGAUCCCAAUGCUGAUAGGAUAAAUCGUUUGAAAGGUGAAAUGAGUCAGGUAUGUUUUGAAUGCUUGGUAAUUGGAAUCAAGUUAGAAGUAAUAGUAUUCUAUUUCUUCUAGGUUCCCAUUGGCCGGCUCCUUUCCUAUCCAACCUUCUAAUCAUUUAUGAUUUGGGUUUGAAUGCAAGCACGAGCUUCUACCUUCUC